AUGGCAGACGAAAAGCCCAAGGAAGGAGUCAAGACUGAGAACAACGAUCAUAUUAAUUUGAAGGUGGCGGGGCAGGAUGGUUCUGUGGUGCAGUUUAAGAUGAAGAGGCACACACCACUUAGUAAACUAAUGAAAGCCUAUUGUGAACGACAGGGUUUGUCAAUGAGGCAGAUCAGAUUCCGAUUUGAUGGGCAGCCAAUCAAUGACACAGACACACCUGCACAGUUGGAAAUGGAGGAUGAAGAUACAAUUGAUAUGUUCCAGCAGCAGACAGGAGGUGUCUACUAAAAAAGGGAACCUGCUACUUUGCUCCAGAACUUUGUUCUUACAGACCAAGA